AUGUUCAAAAAAUUCGCUGACCUGUUGAACAAAUCAUCAGAAUCGGUAGUUCCAAAACAAUCCAGUCUCUAUCCAAAAGAACGUCAAGGUACCUGUUCAAUAUGCAGUGACAAUAAUCUAACUCUAGUUACUCUUUCAAAAACAUGUCGACAUGAAGCCGCUUGUUGUAUUCCAUGUUUUACACAAAAUAUUUCCAGUAAUAUCAAUUCUAAAGGUACUCAUCGUUUUGAAUGUCCUAUGCCAACAUGUAAUGUAGUAUUCGAACCUACAGAAUAUUAUCAUCUUCUUGAUGCUCGUUUAAAAGACCUAGUAGAUAAACUUUUAUUAAAUCGACUUCUUGAAACCGACGAAGAAUUUCGAUGGUGUAAAUCGAAAAAAGGAUGUGGUGCUGGACAACUUGUUUCAAAUCAUAAAGAUUUACUUGGAUACUAUACAUGCUAUGCAUGUUAUCAACCAUUAUGUUUUCGACAUUCGAUUGAAUGGCAUACAGGUUAUACCUGUGAUGAAUUUGAUACAGAACGUACUCAAAAUCCUGAUUUAGCGUCAGAUUUAACUGUUCUUGCUUUUACAAAACAAUGUCCAAAUCAAACAUGUCGUACCCCAAUUAUGAAAUUUGAAGGUUGUGAUGUAAUGACAUGUUGUCGAUAUGGAACACAUACAUGUGUUCAAGCUAAAGAUAAAUGUGAUCAUGGUGGACAAAAUUAUUGUGGACAAAAAUUUUGUUGGAAAUGUUUGGGAAAAAUUGAUAUCGAUAAAAAAACAGGAGCAUAUAUAAGAAGUUGUAAUAAAAAUUGUGAAUAUGCUUCGCUUAAUAAUAAUUAA